CAUCACUACCUCUAUUUGAAGAAGAAGAUACGGUGCAAUAACUAGUACAACACUUUCUUUUCUCUAUUAUUUCUGGUGCAUGCGUGGUCAACUUGGACAGUUAUUGUGGCAAAGUUAUUUACCAAUAUAAACAUAGUUAAAUUUGGCACAAUAAAUAUUAAAAUUUACAAAGCUUCGUUAAAUGUCCGAUCAGAUAGUGGAAACCGUUGCGGAUGCCGUUAAAGAUGCGGUGGAAAACGCAACCAGUGAAACUAUAACAAAUGAAAAGAUUCCAGCAACACCAGAGGGCAUCAUAGUUGCAUAUGGAAGCCUGGUGGUAAUGGCCAUGCUGCCAAUUGUAUUUGGUUCAAUUCGUUCAGUUAAAUUGCACAAACUCAAAAAGGUGAGUGGGGAAAAAGCAGAAACAAUGACCAAAAAGGAUGCGAUGUUCUUCCCUAUAAUCGCUUCUGCCGCUCUCUUUGGACUGUACAUGUUUUUCAAAAUUUUUUCGAAAAACCAUAUAAACCUUCUACUCACUGGAUAUUUCUUCUGCUUGGGUGUUAUCGCAUUAGCACAUCUUCUUAGUCCCAUUGUCAAUUCGUUAAUGCCCACGGCUGUACCGAAAAUACCUUUUCAUAUGCAUUUCACCAAAGGCGAAGGCAAGCACAAAGAGGAUAUUAUAAAUUACAAAUUUACAACAUAUGAUAUCAUUUGUCUGGGAAUUUCGUCUGGAAUCGGCGUAUGGUACUUGUAUAAAAAACAUUGGAUUGCCAAUAACAUGUUCGGACUAGCAUUUGCUGUAAACGGAGUUGAACUAUUGCAUCUUAAUAACAUUGUCACAGGAUGUAUACUUUUGAGUGGCUUGUUUUUCUACGACAUUUUCUGGGUAUUUGGAACAAACGUGAUGGUUACAGUAGCCAAAAGUUUCGAAGCACCAAUCAAAUUAGUCUUCCCACAAGAUUUACCAACAAACGGAUUAAGUGGAACCAAUUUUGCCAUGUUGGGAUUGGGUGAUAUAGUAAUUCCUGGUAUUUUCAUAGCAUUACUUUUAAGAUUCGACCAUAGUUCCAAACGAAAAAGCCGAAUUUACUUCUACUCAACUUUGGUGGCAUAUUUCCUUGGACUUUUGGCGACUAUAUUUGUUAUGCAUGUUUUCAAGCAUGCGCAACCAGCACUACUCUAUCUUGUUCCCGCGUGCAUGGGUACUCCAUUGUUGGUGGCGCUGGUGAGAGGGGAACUUAAAACUCUUUUUGCUUACGAAGAUCAUCCUGAGGAAAAGCCUGAGAAAAAAGAAACUAAAGAUAACUCCGGUAGUAACAGUGGAGCAACUAAAAAGAAAGAAUCAAAGAAAGUCAAAUGAAAUUUUUUUGGUUAAAAUUCGUAAAAUACAAAUUCCGACUCAAAAUCUUUAUGGAUCGUAUCGUAUUUAAGAAAAAUGCCUUUUGAAUGAGUUUAUAUUAUAUUUACUCGCAUUUGAGUUAUGUAAAUCGGUCCAAGCCAAAGUUAUUUCAAAAAUGUAUUUAUACACAUCUCCAUUUAUCAUAAUGAAUAUAAAAGACUAUGUACACAUUAAAUUGGUUUACGAAUCCGAAAGGUAGUCAACACUUGGUCCAACUUUGAAUAUUUAUUGAGCACUAUAAUUAAUUUUGUUUUCGUUUGUAGCAUAUACUUUGUAAUAAAAAAUUAUACGAAAAGAAACUUGGCGCACAAAUAUAUUACGAAGUUGUGUAUGCAUUUACAUACUAGUA